CCGCCUCCCCCGCCGCGCCAACCGCGUGGUGCUGCCCGUGGCGCGGCGCUUCCAGCGGCAGAGCGGGCCCGGCUGUCGGCCGGGAAAGAGCCGCUCGUUCGCCAUGAGGCCGCCCAAAGUGGUGCCAUGGCGGCGGCUGGUUGGGGUGUCCUUCGGGAUGUACACGGCCGAGGAGAUCAGGAAACUGAGUGUAAAACCCAUAACAAACCCCCAGUACCUGGAUAACGUGGGGAAUCCGGCUGUAAAUGGACUGUACGACUUGGCCUUGGGACCUCCGGACUCYAAAGAAGUGUGUGCCACUUGCAUGCAGAACUUCAGCAACUGCCCUGGACACUUUGGCCAUAUAGAAUUGCCUUUGACUGUCUACAACCCUCUGUUCUUUGAUAAAUUAUACCUUCUCAUCCGUGGUUCUUGUUUGAAUUGUCACAUGCUGACAUGUCCUCGAGCUGUGGUUCACCUGCUGCUAAGUCAGCUGAAGGUGCUGGAGAAGGGGUUGCUUCAUGCUGUCCAUGACCUUGAAAUCAUUCUGAACAAGUUUUUAGAACAAUGUGCAGAUGCAACAGGUUCAGAAAUUGAAGAAGAGUUAGAUCGCCAUGUUCAGGAAAUGUUACAAAGCUCUCAGCUGAGAGAUCGAUGUUCAAAUGUCAAAAAUGUGUGUGAGUGUAGAAAUAAACUGAUAACACAGUUCUGGAAAGCACACAUGUCUUCAAAGAAAUGCCCAAACUGCAAAUCCAGGAGAUCACUGGUACGAAAGGAGCACAACAGCAAACUGACAGUAACUUAUCCUUCUACAGUGUACAAUAAGUCAGGAGAGAAAGGCAUUCUGGAUGAAUUAGGAGGUAUUGAUGAAAGCCAAUUAGGGAAGAGAGGAUACCUGACACCGAUGACUGCUAAGGAAUACAUCCUGGCUCUGUGGAAGAAUGAAGGUUUCUUUUUGCGUUAUCUCUUCCCUGGGAUGGAUCCCCAUGAGAAUUCAGGAUUCAGUCCAGACUUGUUUUUUUUAGAUCUACUUGUGGUUCCACCAUCGAGGUAUCGUCCCGUAAAUCGUAUUGGAGAUCGCCUGUUCACAAAUGGGCAGACUGUGAACUUGCAGGCUGUGAUGAAAGAUGCCCAACUGAUACGGAAGCUCUUGGUUUUCAUGGCCAAAGAACAGUGUCAGCCAAUAAAAAUUGGAGAAGAAAUUCAAACAGACACAGGAGGGGAUAGUGAACCUCUGGACCGUUCUGUGUUGACCACCAUUCCAGGACAGAGCAUUGCAGAUAAGCUGUACAACGCUUGGAUACGUCUCCAGAGCCAUGUCAACAUUGUGUUUGACAGUGACAUGGACAAGCUGAUAACAGAAAAAUACCCUGGUAUUCGUCAGCUGUUGGAGAAGAAGGAAGGACUGUUCCGCAAGCACAUGAUGGGGAAGCGCGUGGAUUUUGCUGCUCGGUCCGUCAUUUGCCCCGAUAUGUACAUUGGGACCAACGAGAUUGGCAUCCCUAUGGUAUUUGCUACCAAACUGACUUACCCUCAGCCAGUCACUCCCUGGAAUGUCAAAGAGCUGAGGCAGGCUGUCAUCAAUGGCCCCAAGGUCCACCCUGGUGCCUCCAUGGUCAUUAAGGAGGACGGGUCGCGCACGGUGCUGAGCGCCACCAGCCUGACCCAGCGCGAGGCCAUCGCCAAGCAGCUCCUCACCCCCACCUCAGGGGCACCCGAGACAGGGCUGAAGAUUGUGUGUCGGCACAUCAAGAAUGGAGAUGUGCUGUUACUGAACCGCCAGCCCACGCUUCACAGACCCUCCAUCCAAGCUCACCGGGCCAGAAUCCUGCCUGGGGAGAAAGUGCUGAGGCUUCACUAUGCCAACUGCAAGGCUUACAAUGCUGACUUUGAUGGGGAUGAAAUGAAUGCCCAUUUUCCACAGAGCGAGCUGGGCAGAGCUGAAGCCUACACCUUAGCCUGCACUGAUGAGCAGUACCUGGUGCCAAAGGAUGGGAAGCCACUUCCUGGCUUGAUCCAGGAUCACAUGGUUUCUGGAGUCAGCAUGACAAUACGGGGCUGCUUUUUCACCAGAGAGCAAUACAUGGAGCUGGUGUACCGAGGACUGACAGACAAAAUAGGAAGAAUUAAAAUCUUUCCUCCUGCCAUUAUGAAGCCACAGCGAUUAUGGACGGGAAAGCAGGUUGUUUCUACGUUGUUAAUAAACAUCAUUCCAGAAAGCCACGCUCGACUAAAUUUGACUGGGAAAGCAAAGAUUGGUGGGAGAGCCUGGGUAAAGGGGCCUGCAAAAGGAUGUCUAAAUCUUGAUUCAAUGUGUGAAUCUCAGGUCAUUAUCAGAGAUGGGGAAUUACUGUGUGGAGUCUUGGACAAAGCUCACUUUGGCAGCUCUGCCUAUGGCCUGGUGCACUGCUGCUAUGAGAUCUAUGGGGGUGAGACCAGUGGCAAAGUGCUGACGUGCCUGGGGCGCCUCUUCACUGCUUACCUGCAGCUCUACAGGGGCUUUACCAUGGGGAUUGAAGAUAUUUUGGUUAAACCCGAAGCAGACCACAAAAGAAAAAAAAUCAUUGAAAGGUCAAGGCAGAGUGGUAUUGAAGCUGUUAGAGCUGCUCUUAAUUUGCCAGAAACAGCAUCAUGUGAGGAGGUCCAAGGGAAGUGGCAGGAUGCCCAUCUCUGC